CCCGGCAGAGACUUGUGUGCCUCACCCCACUCGUCUUUAGGCAAACACGGUUAAUUAUCCGAGGAUUUCGGCAUUUAUCAAUUAAAAAGCAGCAGUUUUUUUAAGCAUGACUGAGCCUGCUAGAACAGAGAAGCCAUGUGAGGAGCACAAUACGGCUCCCACGCAGGGGAAAUGGUGGCAGUUUAGCCAAAUAUUGAACCCGGAUGUUGGGCUGCCACGUGUCCUGGAGCCAGGGGAGCGGCGGUGGAUGGAGGUGGACUGGUUCAGGAGGAAUCUGGCAGCCUUUUCCUGGCUGGGGUCCAUUCCAGCACCGCUGUCGGGGCCCUACGUCUCUGAGUCGAUGCUUCAUCCAGGACAGAAGAUCAGUAAGUGGAGGGUCAGCAUGGACGUAGCUCACUUCCAUCCCUCAGAGAUUUCCCUGAGCCUCAGAGACGGAUUUCUGGAAGUUGCAGGGACGCACGAGGAGAGGCCCGACGAGCACGGAUUUAUAGCCAGAUGUUUUACAAGGAAGUACAGGCUUCCAGCCGAGGUGGACGCGACCAAACUCACGUCCAGACUUUCUGUCGACGGAAUCCUGACCAUCGAAGCUCCAGUUCCGGAAUUCUCUGCUCCUGUCGCCAUCAUUCUUCCAAUAAAGGUGGAACAAGUGGAGACAGAAGAACCUGAAGAACUGGACAUGAAAACAGACGAUAACGCAGAAGUGUCUCAAUCAGAAGACCAACCCUGCCGCAGCACAGCUGCGCCUGAGCCAGAAGAUGAGGAGACCCAAGAAAAGCCAGCUGGAGACGCACAUCCACCAGUGGCUGGAGAAGAUAAACGCUUAGACAGUCUGCAGCAGUCUUCUGAGCACCAUGAAGCUGUAGGAGAACGCCGGGCUCCAUCCAGCCAGCUGGAACAUGGAGAGGUCCAGGUGAAGGAGGAUGGGGGCGAGGAGCUCUCCCAGCCUGAGGAGCAGGAGCUGGGCAACAGGAGUGACAUCCAGAGCCAGGAGCUGGAAGCUGCUGACAUGAAGCAGGAACCCACAGAGUGAACAGCCCUACAGCGCCGGUUCCGCAGACGCGUUCGCAUCAGUCAGUCGCUACUAGAACAUUAAACCGUGCUUUUGCUGGAGCUCCAUUAAAGCUAUAGUCUGCAGAAA